AUGGACAACCACGGCACCCAACCCGAAGAGACGACGACGCUAGAGACAGGCAUAGCCGUGAGAAAGAUGGAAGGACAACGCAUCGAGGUGACCCAUUGCAUUCACGAUCAAAAAGGGGCAGGGACAGCAGUAGGGAUAGACGGCGUCACAAGAGGCGGCAUGAAGACAGCGACGAAGAUCGAACACCAUACAAGUCGAAAAGGUCAAGAGAUCAUCGAGAGGGUGGUCACCGAAGUCGUCAUGAUAAUGACGGAGAAGAUCAAAGACCUCAUGACCGAAAUCGAAGAAAACAAGGCUCCACUUCCAGAUCGCCGUCUCGAACGCGAUUGA